AUGGUUGAUGAGAAGGAACCAGCUCCCAAGAAGGGAGCCAAGACAGCCUUAAAGAAACCAGCAGCAAAGGGCGGCAAGAAGUGGCGAAGGUCGAGGAAGGAAAGUUACUCCAUCUACCUCUACAAAGUGAUGAAGCAGGUUCACCUCGACACCAGCAUCUCCUCCAAGGCCACAAGCAUCAUGAACUCAUUCGUGAACAAUAUUUUCGAGCACAUCACGGGUGAGGCUUCCCGCCUGGCCCAUUACUACAAGCGUAGCACCAUCAGCUCCUGGGGGAUCCAGACCGCCGUGCGCCUGCUGCUGCCCGGGGAACUGGCCCAGCAUGCCGUGUCAGAAAGGACAAAGGCAGUGACCAAGUACACCAGCUCGAAGUAA